GUCGGGGGUGUUCCUUCAGUGAGCAUCCCUUCAGCUGCCACUCGGCGUUGAGCCCUGUGGUAGGCACGGAUCCACCCGACCAGCACCUGGAGUUCGAGAAGCCGCAGGAACUUAAAAGAAAUGGAAAGGCUGCCCUUGGCAAAUGAAGAUAAAACAAUGUCCACCAACCUAAAAUACCUUUCCUUGGGAAUUUUGGUCUUUCAGACUACCAGUUUGGUUCUAACAAUGCGUUAUUCUAGAACUUUAAAAGAGGAAGGGCCUCGUUACCUAUCUUCUACAGCAGUGGUUGUUGCUGAACUUUUGAAGAUAAUGGCCUGCAUUUUAUUGGUCUACAAAGACAGCAAGUGUAGUCUAAGAGCACUGAAUCGAGUACUACAUGAUGAAAUUCUUAAUAAACCUAUGGAAACACUUAAACUUGCUAUUCCAUCAGGGAUAUAUACUCUUCAGAAUAAUUUACUGUAUGUGGCACUAUCAAAUCUAGAUGCAGCUACUUAUCAGGUCACAUAUCAGUUGAAAAUUCUUACAACAGCAUUAUUUUCUGUGUCUAUGCUUAGUAAAAAAUUGGGUGUAUACCAGUGGCUCUCCCUAGUAAUUUUGAUGACAGGAGUUGCUUUUGUACAGUGGCCCUCAGAUUCUCAACUUGAUUCUAAGGAACUUUCAGCUGGCUCUCAAUUUGUAGGGCUUAUGGCAGUUCUCACAGCAUGUUUUUCAAGUGGCUUUGCUGGAGUUUACUUUGAGAAAAUCUUAAAAGAAACAAAACAAUCGGUGUGGAUAAGAAACAUUCAGCUUGGUUUCUUUGGAAGUAUAUUUGGAUUAAUGGGUGUAUACAUUUAUGAUGGAGAACUGGUAUCAAAGAAUGGAUUUUUUCAGGGAUAUAAUCAACUGACCUGGAUAGUAGUUGUUCUUCAGGCACUUGGAGGCCUUGUAAUAGCUGCUGUUAUUAAGUAUGCAGAUAAUAUUUUAAAAGGAUUUGCAACCUCAUUAUCUAUAAUAUUAUCAACACUGAUCUCCUAUUUUUGGCUUCAAGAUUUUGUGCCAACCAGACAGUUUUCUCUCUCAGAACCAUCUAAAAAUUGCUGGCUUAAAAAACAGUGUCUUUUUCCUUGGAGCCAUCCUUGUAAUAACAGCUACUUUCUUAUAUGGUUAUGAUCCCAAACCUGCAGGAAAUCCCACUAAAGCUUAGUUGUAUACUAUCUUUAACUGGUUUUUCACGAUGGUGCACUAGGAAUCUCGACAUUAAUCUUGCACAGAGGACUGCUACAGAGUCUGUGAAGAUAUCAUCAUGCUGAAUCCGAUCAUAUUGUUUAAAUGGUUAAAAAUAUCAAAGUUUAAGGAUAAAAUAUGUGUAUAUGUAACAAAACACAUUGCAUCUAGAAAUCAAAACUUGAGAGUAUUUCCAGGGAUUAGAAUUAGAAGGAAUAUUAGAGGAAACUUGAAAUCUGAGUUUAAAAAGAUUUUACCUUUUUUGAUUGCUGCAGAAAUGUUCUAUGCACUCUUUGCAAGAGCACACAACAAAUGUCAAAUAUCAAUUUUUGCAAAUUAGAUUUAAUCUUAUUAAAUGUUUUUAUCAUACUCUUUCUGUACAGCUAUAUCAAAUCACAUGAAAUAUUCAAAGUUUGAAAAUUAUAAUUACCUAUAAAGCUGUGAAAAAAUAGAAGUAUAAUUUGAAAAAACAUUUCACUUAUCAGAGAUUUUUAUAUUUAUACAAAAGAUUACUAAAUGAAGGAUUGCUAAAUGGUUUUUGUUCAGUUACCUAAAUAUUAAUAAAGUACUAUUCUGGGUAUGAUUUGUCAGAGAAUAAAUAUUAUAUCUAAAUUUAAUGUAGAGAGAUACACACUAUUUCUCCAUAUGAAUUUUAAGUUAUUUUAGUGCUUCAAUACUGCUGAAAGCAAUCCAGUUGCUCCCGUGCUAAAUAGUAGCCAGUGAGUUUUAUAGUAAUGGAGGUUAGCCCUUAAUCUCUUAACUGCAUUUUAUUUCUGUAAAUCAGAUAAAUCCCUAAUAUUAUUUUAAAUUAAAAUUUGUGUGUAAUUACCAUUAAAUUUUCAAAAUGUAAUUUAAAAGGAUUUAAUAAUUUAAAAUAAUUAUUGUAUAAUAUUUACAUUAGGAGAAUUUUGAACUAUCAAGCAUAUAUUAUAUACAGUUAGAAAGUUAUUAAAUGAACCUUUUACUCACUGAUCUGUAAAAACUUCUUUAAUCUACAACUAUUGACAAAAACAACACUCAAACAAAUAUAAUAGUACAGAUGUCAGAGACUGAGACCAAAUGACUUUUCUUGGAGACAUUCCAGAUUGCCAUAUUACAUUAUUUUAAACAGCACUAUAAUUUUAAAUUUGAGGCUACUCAGAAGAGCUUUUUAGGUCUCUCAUAAACCUAAUGUUCCCAGGAAUACUCUCAUCACAUGACUGGGAGAGGUAGCCAAAUUUUAAUUCCCUUUCUGUGUUCCCAUAAAAGCUGCUGAGAAGGAGCCACCAUUUUGCUUUAAAAUAGUGGUUUUUUUUUUUCCUUUUUAAUUAACACUGGAGCUGAAGAUGCAGAUUACAUGAGUUACUUAAUACAUUGGUUCAAGGGAGAGAGAAUAUGGUAGAAAUGGUAAAGUGAUUUGAUGGGCAAAAAUUCUAUAAUUUGAAUAUGGGUUUAAUUAUUGACUGUCGACAGAAUUACUAAGUAUAGGAAGUAUUUUACUUUUUUCAUUUCAUUCAUACUGUGUGUGUGUGUGUGUGUGUGUGUAUGUAUGUGUCUGUAUAUAUAUAUUUUUUGUUUUGUUUUGUUUUUUGAGAUGGAGUCUUGUUCUGUCACCCAGGCUGGAGUGCAGUGACGUAAUCUUGGCUCACUGCAACCUCUACCUCCCGGGUUCAAGAAAUUCUCCAGCCUCAGCCUCCCAAGUAGCUGAGACUACUGGCUUGCCCCACCAUGACCAGGAAAUUUUUUUUGUUUUUAGUAGAGAUGGGGUUUCACCAUCUUGGCCAAGCUGGUCUCGAAUCCCUGACCUCAAGUGAUCCGCCUGCCUCAGCCUUCCGAAGUGCUGGGAUUACAGGUGUGAGCCACUGUGUCCAGCCCAUACUGUAUAUAUUUUUAAAGUCUGUUCUAAUAUAUAUAAAAACUGUAAAAAAUAAGUAUUUUUAUAUAGCUCUCAUGGAUUUUAUUAAAAUGAAUUUGGCUCAAAAAUACCAUGUUACAAACUGUUGGGUACACUUGCCUAACAUGAACUGGCAGUGUUACCUUGUUUUUGUAGUCAUAGUCUACAGAUUGCAGGUCUCAUCAGUUCCAUCCAAAGUUUAAAAGCAUUUAAAAUUACAAAAUCUUUAAAAUCAAUUUGGUGGUGAUUCCAAAUUGGUACCAAGCAAACUUUCUGGAUGCCCAACAUGAUUUUCAUUAACCAGCCUUUAGAGUAUUUGUUUAAUAAGUUCACCACAUUUUGAACAUGGUAGUUUUAGAUUGCCAUAAUAUUCAGACUUACAUUAUUACCUCCUGCUAAGUAAAAUCUAAGUUCUGUAUAUGCACAGAAUUUAAGACUAAAUAUAAUGAUUCAUGUUUAGCGCACAUCGAAGUAUUGGUUGAGUACUUAUGUAUUAAUACAGUGUGUAUUCACAUUUAAUUGGUCAGGGUUAGUCUGUUUCUAUUUUAAUAAUUUAAAAAAUUAUACAGGUAAAUUUUUGGAUAUUAGAUGUUAGUUACAGUAGUAACACGUUUUUAGGUAUCUAAACACAAUUUUCAAGAUUCCUAACAAAAGUUAUAAAAAUGUAAACAAGAGUUGUAAAAACGGACAAAGCAGUCAAGUAUAUUUUCAAAGCACAAUUUUAUUAGACAGGCAUAAUUUAUAUUUUGCUUUUCUAGUGUGUUUGAAAAUGUUUAUUAGAGAUUGGGCUAUGUCAUUCAUAAUUUUUAAUUCACAAAAAAGUAAUCAUAAAUGAGAAGGUGGACCUGUGUCCUAGGAUUAUAUCACAUAUACAGAUAAUGCCAUUUCCUCGUGUGUGUGAUGUGUAUUUUGAUGACCUCCACAGGCCUUACUGUAUCAAGCUUUUAUAAUGAUGACUCCUUCAUUAUUUAAAUUCCUAUACUUUUAAUUUGUUAUCACACAACUACUUUGUUCAAUGUGAAAAUGUGCUAACUCAUGGUAGAAGAGUGCCAAUUGAUAGUUCUUUUAAAAAUUAAGAAUAUGGGCUGGGCACAGUGGCUCAUGCCCGUAAUCCCAGCACUUUGGAAGGCUGAGGUGGGCAGAUCACAAGGUCACAAGUUCGAGACCAGCCUGACCAACGUGAAGAAACCCCAUCUCUACUAAAAAAUAUAAAAAUUAGCUGGGCAUGGUAGCGUGCACCUGUAAUCCCAGCUACUCAGGAGGCUGAGGCAGGAGAAUCACUUGAUCUUGGGAGGUGGAGGUUGCAGUGAGCUGAAAUCACACCACUGCACUCCAGCCUGGGCAACAGAGCGAGACUCCAUCUCAGGAAAAAAAAAAAAAAAUUAAGAAUAUUGUAUUUGGGAAGAAAAGUUUGAAAUGUAACCGAUGGAUGUUUUGACACAGUAAUAGUAUAUUAUCAAUUCUUCAAUAAGUGAUUUUAGAAAUGUAGGCAGGCUGCUUUUAUGGUAGAUUAUAUAAUUUAGAGAUGCAAAACUUAAAUGUUUACAUCAAUUUAUACUGAAUGUCACAUAAUUUCAUAGAAGGAAAGGGAGUUUGAUAUUUAGAUUCUAAGGAGAUAUAAUCUGAAAGGAAACUAAUUGUGUUCUCUACAAUUAGUUACUGUAAUACUGAUUAUCCUUACAUAUCAAAUUAUUGAACUUUUAAAAUGUCAUUGUAUAGUCAUUAAACUGAGGUAGGUUUUUUUCUUAAGGGUUUAGCAUCACUCAUGUAAUUUACACAUUCACUAUUAUAAUAUUUAACUACUAUGGGUGUAUGCUUUACAUAAAAAAGGCUUAUAAAAGUUAUUUAUGCUAUAUUGAAAGUCAUCUUAAGAAUCUCCAGGUAUUUAAAGUAGUUACAGGAGCAGAAAACAAGCACUUUUAUCAAAAUCUGGUCCUAUGUGCCUUGCUUUACCAAAUACCUGAUUCUUCUGGAGGGUGUUCCUGUACUUCACAACUUUGGACAUAUGAGCAAAAUUAGGAUGUUUAGAAAUAAAUACACUUCUAUUUUUUUGGUUGUUUCAACAUUUGCUCUUUAAAUUCAGUAACAAUUAAAAUAAUUAUAUUACAAAAGCAUAAAGAUUUGUGAACAGUACUUACUUAACUAAUUGUGGUACCAUUGCUCCAUCAUUGGGCUUUUUGAAACUUUAACAAUUGUAUAAAACUGUCAGUUUGUUGUUUCAUUUGUUAUUACAAAAUAUAAUUUACUGUAAUUUAAAAACUUUUAGAAAUAAUUUGGAUCCUGACUGUCUAUAUCUGUAUUUCCUUUGUUUAGAAAGGUUCUUUUGGGUUUGAGAAUGUAAUUUGUAUAUUUAAAUUUUUUAUGGACAUUAUUCAAAGGAAUGUAUAAAGUGAUCUUUUGUUAAACAGCUUUUUAAAUAAAUUUCUCUUGUCAUUU